AUGGAAAAGCCCCUGUACUGGGUGGUCCACCCCAUGCUUUGCUCUGCAGGCCGAGACCCAAGUUUCCUGCCACCUCACUGGCUGGGACUAGGUCACAUGCCCAUGGAUGAGCCAAACCCUGGAGCCAGGGAGUGGGGCCAUGGAGAUUGUGCCUGGGUCCAAGGUGCUGGCUUAGUACCUAGCACCUCAGUCCCUGCACCUCGGUACUACUCUACUAUUCUGCAGAGACAAUGGCUGAGAAUGAGCAAAGUUGAUGGAAACUGGUCUGGAAUGCACAAGGGAACAUUAUCAGAUUCCAUUGGGAACUUGGUCUUUGUUGUUGUGGAAGAAUCAGGAGUUGACAAAUUAUUUGUCUCCUGUUUCAUUUUCCAUGAACAUUUCCACAAUAUUUGGUUUCACACUUCUACCAUUGUGAAAUCAUCCCAAAUUUGGCACCAGCUCACCCUUCUCUGCAAAGGAGUAGAGCUGUCCAUCUUCAGACUUAAGCGAUACCUGGUCUUCCUGGAGCUGUUCCUGCAGACGGCAGAGAAGCACUUCAUGGUGGGGCACAGGAUCACUUACUACGUCUUCACCGACCAGCUGGUUGCUGUGCCCCGUGUGCCACUCUGGGAGGGCCAGAGGGUGGUGGUCUUCGAGGUCCGUGGCGUCCUGCACUGGCAGGAUGUGUCCAUGCGGCACAUAGCGAUGAUCAGCCGCUUCUGCGAGCAGCGCUUCCUCUGUGACGUGGAUGACCUGGUGUGCGUGGACGUGGAUGUGGGAAUGAAGUUCUGGGACCACAUGGGCAUGGAGAUCCUGUCCCCCCUCUUUGGCAGCCCACACCCCGGUUUCUACUGGGCAGGCCAUGAGGACUUUAGCUACGAGCGCUGGCCACAGUCCCAGACCCACAUCCCCAGGGACCAGGGCAACUUUCACUACAUGGGGGCCUUUUUUGGGGAAUUGGUGGUGGAGGUUCCCCGACUGACCUUGGCCUGUCACCAGGCGAUGGUGGUCAACUGGGCCAAUGGGAUUGAGGCUGUGUGGCCCGAUAAGAGCCACCUGAACAGGUACCUGCUGGACCACAGGCCCACCAAGGUGCUGUCCCCGGAGGACCUGUGGGACCCACGGCUGCUGGGCUGGCCCCCCCAUCUGAAGAAGCUGAGAUUUGUGGCUGUGCCCAAGAAUCACCAGGAUAUCUGGAAGUCACGAGGGGCUGCCCCCGUCUCCAUCAGGGGAGACAGAGCCCAGCCCAGGGCCUCCCAGAGAAGCCACAGCUGGGAAGGAACCCUCACGAGGACGUCUCCCCGACUGCAGUCCACCUGCUGGGUGCUCUGUGCCCAGGAGUCGUUGCUCCUGGCCCCACACCAGCCUCUGGGGGCUCCUUCCUGUCGGGCCAGCCCCGACCUGUCCCCACACACCACAAACACCCAGCUCCAGCCUUCUCACCCUCGGCCUCGGCCUCCGUGGGUUCUGGUUCCUGGACCACUGUCCGGUGGACAACCACCUGGGACAGUGGUCCGGGUGGUGUCGGCGGUGAAGAAGGGCGUGUGUGGUGCCUGCUCGGAACCUCAGCCUCUGUUUUACCCGUUUCCACUCCUCACCACCUCUUAUGAGGCUGUUGGCAGUGCAGCUGCGGUUGGUUUGGGGGCCUGGUUCGGCUUGGAUUUAGUUGGAGGGCAGAUUCAAGGCCAGGCCAGGCGCCAGAGACCAAGUGUCCUCUCAGGGAUCCUGGCCACGGCUGGCACUGACUUUGACCUGCGGACCCUGCGGGCUGUGCGCUUCUCAGGCCCCUGA